UUUGUGUCCGCCGGGCCCGCUGGUUGACUCCUCACUGCACUGUGAAAGCCGUUAGGAAAAAGUCCUUGGGGUUAAAACCUGGGGCUCCACAGUGUUACGUGCACUUGGGGCUAGAAAUAAUUUUAAAUGGCGACUGAUCUGUCUGAAGCUGAACCCGUGCAUCAUAAGGCGCUUCCACUCUUAACGGGAACUCAGCUGAUCCACACGGACAAGUUAAGUGAGAAAGCUGAAGAGGACACGAUGCCGAUCCGCCGCUCCGUGAAUUCUUCUUCUCGAGAAACUCCCCCCAAAAGCAAACCUGCUGAAGGUGGCGAAGAGGUGAAAGCAGAUGCAGAAGCCACUUCUGAGGAAUCUGCUUCUGCUGGAGAAGAACAAGAGAAUGAAACCCUGCCUGCUGCUGCACCUAGUGAAGCAGAACAGCCAAAGGAACCUGAGAAUGAAGAGAAGGGGGAAACCAAGUCCUCAGAAGAAACCAAAAAGGACGAUAAAGAUCAGUCUAAGGAAAAGGAGAAGAAGGUGAAGAAGACCAUUCCUGCUUGGGCAACUCUUUCUGCUAGCCAGCUGGCUAGGGCACAGAAACAAACUCAGAUGGCUGCCACUUCACGUCCGAAGAUGGAUGCCAUUUUAACUGAGGCCAUUAAGGCGUGCUUUCAGAAGAGUGGCGCAUCAGUUGUUGCGAUACGUAAAUACAUCAUCCACAAAUACCCUUCCCUGGAGCUGGAGAGAAGAGGCUAUCUUCUAAAGCAGGCCUUGAAAAGGGAGCUGGAGAGGGGAAUCAUCAGGCAGGUGAAAGGGAAGGGAGCUUCUGGAAGCUUUGUGGUGGUGUCUAAUGCGGGAAAAACUGUUCAAAAAGCCAGAGACAGAAAGAAAAGCACUUCCGUUUCGACUCCAGAGCAACAGGUGAAGCUGGAAGACAUCCUGCCACUGGCUUUCACCCGUCUUUGUGAGCCAAAAGAAGCUUCUUACAGCCUGAUCAAGAAAUACGUGUCUCAGUAUUAUCCCAAACUCAAAGUAGACAUCAGACCCCAGCUGUUGAAGAAUGCCCUGCAGAGAGCAGUAGAAAAGGGCCAGCUAGAGCAGAUCACAGGGAAAGGAGCAUCUGGGACAUUCCAGCUGAAGAAGUCAGGGGAGAAGCCCCUGUUGGGUGGGACUCUGAUGGAAGAUGCCAUCCUGUCUGCUAUUGCGGCCAUGAACGAACCGAAGACCUGCUCCACCACAGCACUGAAGAAGUAUAUCCUGGAAAACCACCCAGGGACCAACUCCAACUUCCAAGUGCAUCUACUGAAGAGAACCCUGCAGAGAUGUGAGAAGAACGGCUGGUUGGAGCAGAUUUCUGGAAAGGGCUUCAGUGGAACCUUUCAGCUUUGCUUCCCUUAUUACCCUAGCCCAGAUGUGCUCUACCCAGAGAAGCAGCAGGAUGAGGACUCUGAAGAAUCUGAUGAGGAGGAAGAGGAGGAAUCUGAGGAGGAAGAAGAAUCUGAAGAUGAGGAGUCUGAGGAGGAAGAGCCACCACCAAAGAAGAGGAUUCAGAAGAGACCUCCUCCAAAGUCACGGAGCAGGGCUCCUCCGAUGAAGCGAAGAGAAUCCAAGCCCAAGCCCAGAAAGACCCCUGCAGCCCGCCGGGGGAAAGCGAAGCCCCCACCCAAGGUGAAAACCCCUGCAAAGAAAGCCAAACCAGCAGCCCCUGUCAUCAAGAAACCCUCUGGUGGCAGCUCUUCCAAGAAACCAGCAGCUAGCGGGAGGAAGGAGGUGAAACCUUCUGCCAAGGGCAAAUCUGCCAUGAGGAAAUCUCUCCGGGCAAAAAAGCAGCAGGAACAUGGUGAUUGGGGGAAGUAUGGUUCUUAAUUGAGAAGGUACGACGGCACUGGAGUCCUCCUUAGAUCCCCUGCAUGAUGAGGUCCUUCCUGCUUCUGUGAAGGAGCAGUGUAUCUAUACAGCACUUGCACUGAGCCCUGGAGGUGCUCCUUUUGCUCAGCUGUGAUGCUGGCAGGUCGAGGGGGGGUGUGUGGCUUUUUCAGUAAGUGGGAGAGUGGGUCCAGGUCUUCAGUCAGCAGAGGCUGCCGUGUUACCGAGCAUCUGACACCAGAGGGGCUCUAGAAGGGGUGGUUCUUGGGCGGGUGAUUUGAAUUAGUGUUUCCAUGCUACUUCUGUUACCUUGAAACCAAAAUAUAUAAAAUUCUUCUUGAAUCCAACUUUCAAAUGUUUUUAAGAGAUGAAGAGCCUAAGUUUUGUCACUUCUUGUUUACCCUUUUUUAAAAAGAAAAGUUGGAAAGCUAUACAGUUGCUAAUGUAGAGAUGUUGAUAAGUGAAGAACAUGCAGUUUGCUAAAAUAAAAUGAAACUAGA